UGUCGGGUUUAAGUUCGUUUGUAAUUGAAUCGCUCGGAACACACAGAUCAAUAAUAACUGAAAAUGCUGAAGCAAGUCAAUGGGCUAAAGCUAACCACGCGCAAUCUUUGGGUGGCUUGCGGUGGCCUGCGGGCCAAGGAUGGCGACAAGGGCAAGGGCAAGGAUAAGGCAGACGCAAACGCAAAGUUUCGCACGGAGAAGGACACGUUUGGGGAACUAAAGGUUCCAGCGGACAAGCUAUUUGGAGCUCAGACUAUGCGCUCCAAGCUGAAUUUUCCCAUCGGUGAUAUAGGCGAACGGAUGCCGAUGCCCGUGAUUCAGGCCAUGGGCAUACUGAAAAAGGCCUGCGCCGAGGUCAACAAGGACUACGGCUUGGACAGCAAGAUCUCGGAGGCAGUGUCCUGUGCCUGCGACGAUGUCAUCUCGGGCAAGUACUACAAGCAGGGCCACUUCCCGCUGGUCAUCUGGCAAACUGGGUCCGGCACCCAGUCCAAUAUGAAUACCAAUGAGGUGAUCAGCAAUGCGGCCAUCAAGAUGAUGGGUGGCGAACUGGGCAGCAAGAGUCCGGUGCAUCCCAACGACCAUGUGAACAAGUCGCAGAGCUCCAACGACACCUUUCCCACGGCCAUCCACAUUUCGGUGGGCAUGGAGCUGAACGAGCGACUGAUUCCGGCGGUGAAACACCUGAGGGAUGCACUCAAAUCCAAGUCGGAUGAGUUUAAGGACAUCAUCAAGAUCGGCCGCACCCAUCUGAUGGACGCAGUGCCUCUGACGCUGGGCCAGGAGUUCAGUGGCUACACCCAGCAGCUGACCUACGGUCUGGAGAGGAUCAAGUGCUGUCUACCGCGGGUCUAUGAGCUGGCCUUGGGCGGCACUGCCGUGGGCACCGGUCUGAAUACCCACAAGGGAUUUGCCGAGAAGGUGGCCAAGAGGAUUGCCGAGCUCACCUGCCUGCCCUUCGUCUCGGCGCCCAAUAAAUUCGAGGCCCUGGCUGCCAGAGAUGCCAUGGUGGAGGUGCAUGGAGUGCUCAAUACAGUUGCCGUGAGUCUGAUGAAGAUUGCCAAUGACAUCCGCCUGCUGGGAUCGGGUCCACGUUGCGGCAUUGGGGAACUCCUGCUGCCGGAGAACGAACCGGGUAGCUCCAUCAUGCCCGGCAAGGUGAAUCCCACGCAGUGCGAGUCAAUGACCAUGCUGUGUGCCCAGGUGAUGGGCAACCAGGUGGCGGUGUCCAUCGGCGGCUCCAACGGACACUUCGAACUAAAUGUAUUCAAGCCCCUGAUAGUGUCCAAUGUGCUGCGAUCCAUUCGGUUGUUAUCCGAUGGCAGCAUGACCUUCAGCAAAAACUGCGUGGAGGGACUGCAGGCUAACAAGGACAUGAUCGACAAGAUUAUGAAUGAGUCCCUGAUGCUGGUAACCGCCUUGAAUCCGCACAUCGGCUAUGACAAGUCCGCCCAAAUCGCAAAGACGGCCCACAAGAACAAGACCACCUUGAAGGAGGAGGCCCUGAAAACCGGGAUCACCGAAGAGCAGUUUAAGGAGUGGGUCAAUCCCAAGGAGAUGCUGGGACCCAAGUGAUCCAUCCUUAGUUAUUAGUUAUUAUCAAUGUUGCCAGUUAGAUGUAAUAAAAUUUUUCAAGUUUAUCAACA